AUGGCGGAACCUUACCCAAGGCUAGUAGCCCAAACUCACAUAAUAGCACCACCAACACCCACCGCCACCACUUCACUACUUCGAACGCUUCUUCAAGAGCGCGUGUCAAACUCAAAGCAACUCUUCGGCGUCUUCACCCUUCUGAUAACCGUGACCAUUUCGCUCAUACUCACCGGCCUCACCGUCGUUGUAGCCAUUCUCGGCCUGAUUGUUUUCGCUCCAGUGAUCAUCGUUUUGAGCCCGAUAUGGGUCCCGGCUUGCGCCGCGCUCUUCCUCGUCACAGCGGGGUUCCUUUGUACGUGCGGGUUUGGGCUUGUUGUCUUCGCUGUGCUCACGUGGAUGUACCGUUACUUCAGAGGGCUCCACCCUCCCGGUUCGGACCGAGUAAGCUAUGCGCGUUACCCGGUUUAUGAACCGGCGAGUCAUGGUGGAGCUGGAGGGUAUUUGCUGCAUAGCAAGGUGGUGGAAUCUGCUGCGCCUGGAGCUUGA